AUGAACAUCAGUGUCACCUCUUUUUAGAGCUAAGAUUCAAUUAUGUCUAAAGCAAUCAAGCAGCCACAAAGCAAGACCAACAAGAAUAUUCCUAAAUAGAGCUCAUUCACAAGUCUGAACUAAGUGCCUCAAGAUGUUAUGAUCAACCUCACUUAAUUUGAAAAAGAUCUGCUUGAAAAGUUUUUCAAAGAGUUGAAUUCAAUAGCAAACCCUGCCAAACCUCUUAAUGCAUUUGCACUCUAUCUCAAAUCUGAUUUAUCUAAUCUUAAAAGGAUAACUCCUAACAAGGCUUUUUCCUACUAUGAAAGAGUUGGCUAAUCUAACUGGAAGAAAGAAGAUGAGGCAAUCAAGGCCAUUUAUGAGACCUAAGCUGAAACUCAAUUCAAGGAGUAUGUUGAGUGCUAUCAAGUAUAUUCUGCUAACGCUGAAAAUUUGAGAGAGAAGAUCGAUGAGAUCAUUAACAGAGCUGAUAUAUCUUAAAUUGUUAAGAAGAAGAUUUCACCCUACAGAGUUUACAAGAAAGAAAGUGCUUCCGCCAUCAAAGCAGAGUUUCCUAAUAUGAGAAGUCAGGAGAGACAGAUGAUAGUAAAGGAAAGAUGGCGCUAACUUACAGACCAACAGAAGGUACUCUACGUGGUAAAGGCCAGACUCGAAGAAGAGAAACUAGCUUAUACUAACAUUUAGAACUUUUAUAAGUCAAGGAUUGAAUACUGUAGAUCACUUUAAGAGGCUUAAAUCACAUAUCUGACCAAUGUAGACGUUCAAGAAUAGAUCGUCCCCCUUUAGAGUGAAUUUAGCAAGGUUAUGAGUCUUAAUGAAGAGAUUUCUCAGACUGCUGUCAAGAUCUCUCCCAAGGAUAAGAGCACAACACCAUCUAUUAGCUCCAAAGAAUGUUGUUCAUCUCCUACCUAGAGUCAAAUCAGUGACUCUGAUUACUCUAAGGAUUAGCAUCUAACUACCUUAGAGGAGAGAUAGAAAAUCUUUGACUAUGAGCAGACUAAGAGGAUUGUGGAUUCAACUCUGAGAAUAAUUGGAUUAGAUGAUAAUGAUAAUUGA